GCCUGCCUUUUUAACUGCAUGUUAGGUGGGCUUCUCGUAAACGGAUGUUGCCAAUUGAAGUAAUUAAGCAUACAUAUUGCAUACAGAUAUAAUAUUUCAUACACAGGUUAAUUACACAAUGACAUUGAAUAUCGAUUGGACUUUAUGGCUGCUAAUGGCGUUUUUGGUACCAAAGAGUUCAAGUGGCAGGUUUAGUGAUUUAGUGAGGUCUAUGCUGACCCUUCCAGGGGACAGCAGGGUAUAGUCACCCAGGGAGGCUUCACCUCAUCUUUUUUUCUUCUUGCUAAUGUUUUAGCCUGUUCUUGAAGUUCACUUCUUCUUGGCCCGGGUGUAUAUUCUGGCGGGGCUUUGCGAGAACCUCUAAGCUGAAGACGCUGCGGACCAGCUCAGUGUGUGUAGUCUGCAGAUUUGUUGGCAGCUGUGUUUUUUUUUUUUUCUUUUCUUUUUUGAGAUUUUUUUUUUUAGUGCCAGCCCUUUAAGGUGUCACUGAGUCUUCUGCAUCUUUUUUUUUUUUUUGAGGACUGGGUAGUGCAUGUGUUAUUCAGAUUCCCGGGCAGGGAGUCAGAGACUAUUUAAAGUGAGAAACAGAAGACCGGGGAGAUGAAAAGCCUGGACGGAGUUGUCAGAGCUGCACGUCAAGAUGCCUUUCACUUGGCUGCUGCCGUUUCUUGUGCUGCUGCUUCCCCUGUGCCACCAGCCCGGCUGCCAAGUGCAGGGUGCCAGACAGAGCCCCGGUGCUCAGUGUGUCUCCUGCCAGGAAUCUGGAGGGACGCCAGAAGGCCAAGACUCUGCGAAGGAGGCCAGCGACGCUGCCAGGAUGGCUGGAGAGUCCUGUGGCGUAUACACUGCCAGAUGCAUGAGGGGCCUGCGCUGUGUGCCCAGGCCAGGAGAGAAGAGCCCUUUACUUGCCCUCUUGCAGAACCGAGGGGUGUGCACAGCAGUCAGUCACUUGGGAACCCCCAGCAGUCCCCGGGGCCGGCCGGCCACUACCACUACUGCAGGGCAGCAAGGGUCAGACAUGACCUCAGAGAAGGACAGCAAGAGUGAAGAUAUGGCACCCUGCCGGCAGCAUCUGAAGACGGUACUCAUGGAGCACAAGCUCACUCUCUUCCACGAAGCCAGAAGCCUGUACAUCCCCAAUUGUGACACCAAUGGUUUCUACCGGAAGAAACAGUGCAGGUCAUCGAAGGGUACCCGCCGUGGGAUGUGCUGGUGCGUCAGUGAAUUUGGACACCCCCUACCAGGCCACGACAAGGGCGGCAUCAACCUGCAGUGUGACGGUGAUUGAACAAUGGCAGCAGCAGUUAAAAAGGGCAAGGCGAGCGAGUGCCUGACUUGGGCUGGACACUAUGGGAUGUGGAGCACAGCAAUGUGUCUCUGUGUUUUUUUGUUUUUUUUAAUUUUCCAUUGUGUAUCUGAAGGGAUGAAAUCUGGACUUUUUGGGGCAGUAAAUAGCAUUUUGUGUGGAAAGGGUUAAAUGAGUAUGCCGGGAGCUUCAUGAUGUAAGCGUGGCAGCUGCAAACCCCCCUGCAUAGCACUUUCAAUAUAGAGCAGAAAUUAAGCGAUAAGUAAGGCCAUAUUUUGUAUCCACGUCUUUGUAUAUGUUUUUCCAAAAACUGCAUUUCAGGACUCGUAGAACUUCACCGACCUCUUCUGGUGCCUCCUGAGGCUUUGAAAUUGUCUUUCAUGCAGCGUGAAGCUUCUUUACUGUGUAAUGGGGUCCCCCUAGUGGCCAGUUUGAGAAGUGAGGUGACGCUUUGGUUCAUUUGUAAGUUUUGGGGCUUGCCUGUGAUGAUAGGGUUAAUGGCUUAUCUGAUUCACGAGGGAGUUCACAGCCACGACAAGACUUGGGGGUCUCAACCCCCCCCUCCCCACCCAGGGCACCUUUACUAAUAUUUCCACAUUAGUGACUCAGGUUGGGGUGCAUUUUGUUUUGUUUUUUUAAAUAGUGUCACUGUUUAUGCCAGUUUUUUUUUUAUUCUUAUUUAUGAGUGAUUAUUGAAAUGACCCUUGAAUCUGUCCCAAGAUAUUUUGUUGCUGUAAUUAGUAUUUUUAUUUAUAAAUAAGCUUAUUUGUACUUUGUUACUUAAUGUUACAUAUUGUCAAAAAAUCUUCCAGUUUUUAUUAAAUUAUACUUAAAAAAAGCCACUUUGUCAUGCAGGUGUGAUGGG